GCGGCGCAACUAGUUGUCCUGCUCUGGAAUCGACUUGAAUGACUGGCUGAAGUUUGAAGAUAACCUUUUUUUUAAUUGUCUUUUUUUUUUAACCAUACUACGUCACUUCAGCAAUUCCAGGAAGUCAAGCACUAUCAAAUAGCACAUUCUUACGCCGAUUGUGCUCUCUUUUUUCCACCACUUUUGCUCUUUUUUGUUUUUAGGACUGCUGCAAAACGUCACGGGGAACUAGCUUAACAUUUGUGCUAGCGUCAAAACUUUUGGUCGCCUUCUGCCUCGCUCUCACAUGACAAGCUAUCCUUCCGCGAUAGCUUGCUUUUUGUUACGAUAUUAUUACGCCUUUAGAGUUAGUUUAAAGUGAAAUUAUGGCCAGCACGCCGCCGUCUUCACUCCAGCUGCGAGCGACAGAUGUGCUUCGAAAAGAGCACCUGGACGACGGAGGUUUUGGAGAGGUGUUCCUGUGCUAUCAUGCCCGCCUCGGUCCUGUGGUGAUGAAGACCAUGUAUACGGGCCCUCUUCGCAGUGAGGACAGCAAGAGGUCUCUGCUGGAAGAAGGUAGCAUCAUGGCGAGCCUGAACCACAAGCGUGUGGUCAGGUUGCUGGGCGUCAUCAUGGAGGAGCGAGGCUGCUCUUUGGUCAUGGAGUUGAUGCCCAGAGGCAACCUGCUGGCCAUGCUGGAAAAGGUCACUGUGCCGGUAUCAAUCAAGGGGAGAAUUAUCUUAGAGAUCUUAGAAGGGAUGGUGUAUCUCACCGAGAAGAAAGUCGUACAUCAGGACAUCAAGCCGGAGAACAUUUUAAUUGACAAAGAUUUUCACAUCAAGAUUGCCGACCUUGGCCUUGCCACCUGCAAGACGUGGAGUAAACUCACUAAGGAGGAAUCUCUCAAGAAAAGUCGCGCGGGCCUGUCAGUCAGGACGAGGGCUGCGGGCACGCUCAGCUACAUGGCGCCCGAGCACCUGCAGAGUGUCAACGCCAUCUCCACUGAGAAGUCCGACGUCUACAGCUUCGCAAUCGUGGUCUGGGUGGUCGUCACAGGGAAAGAGCCCUAUGCAAAUGCCAGAAAUGAAGAUCAAAUCAGCCAGUGCGUCCGCAACGGCAACCGCCCAGCGAUGGACCUCAUCCCCGACAACACGCCGGCACAGAUCGUAAACCUCAUGCUGAUGUGCUGGAAACACAACGCAGUACAAAGACCGACAUUUCUUGAGUGCUACAACCUAUUUCGUCCCUUCUACGAGACGGAGCUCGCACCACGUGUGGAGAAAGAUUUAGUUCAUCUGCAGGCUCUGUACGAAGGCCCAGAGGAGCUUGUUGACAAAAUGAAGUCUCUAUCAAUGACUGAUGAAUGUAUUUCAACAGAUUGUCCAGCUUUUCUGGAGAGCACAGAAAAAAGUGUCAAUGGGCCGGUUGAAGCCAGUAUUGAGGACAUCGAUGCCAUCUCAUUUGAAACAAAUAUAGAGUCAGGGGCAGCCCACAUUGACCCAGAGGUCUCCUUGGAGGAGAAACUGCAACAGGAGUUAGACUAUCACAGACAUGGCAGCUACAAAUGCGACAGCCAGUCUGACAUUAUCAAUAGCCAGGCCCAGAAAAACUCCCCAAAUAUCCUGUCUAGUGUUACCAAUAAUAACAGACCUAGCCAACCGGAGCACAAUACUCCUUUCGUGUCCUCUGUCCAUUCCUGGACAAAAGCGGAACCUGUGCAGCCCAGCAGCCAGGAAGAUGCUCGAUAUCAUCCUGCUGCCCGCCUCCACGAGUCGAUGACCGCUUCCACGCCAAAGUCAUCCCUCUUACAAACAUCUACCAGCGUGAAUUCCCUGCCACCUUUCAAUCAGGAACAUCCAGAUUCCCACUAUAUCCGCCAGCAGUCCUGGCCUACCUCCUCAGUGUCGGAAACAUUAGGGUAUGCUCACGACUUGAAGAAGGGUGGAGUGUCACAAGAUUCCGGUACAUGGACAGGCUCUCUUCGCAUCAGUAAUGCAAGGGGAAUCCAGAUUGGUAACAACAACAACCUCAGUAUCCACAACUACGAUUCCACUCAAUGUUUUUCAUUUCUUCCGGGAAACAUAUGGACCAGCUCUCAGCUCAGAGAAGGAAUUCAGAAAUAUGAGAAGUGUGCUGUGACCGAAGAGCACCUUGAAGUUCUGAGGAAAAACAUUGGUGCCAAAUGGAAGUUGUACGCACGGCGUCUGGGUUUGAGCGACGUGGAAAUAGAGACCAUCGAGCAUGACUUCUCCCUGGACGGCCUAGCGGAGAUGGUGCACCAGACGCUGCAACGCUGGAAAAUGAAAGAAGGAAGCCUUGGCUGUACAAUUGGGAAGCUCUGCUACGCUCUUGAAGGCGUCAUAGACGUUGAUGUCAUUCAGAAAAUAUUGAACAUAUGCGCUUCUACUUCCAGUAUCUAAUGAAAUUCUGUCUUACGUAGUUCCCCUUAGAUUUGCCAAAGUCUCUUUUGAUGCCUAUAGUUCCAAUCAAUGUAAUGCCUUACUGUGUAUUACGCUGGGAUUAGGGUGCUCCUCCUUCAACAUGAAUUCUAAUUGGUCUAGAGCCAUGUAGAAAAUCUGUUUCAAAAUAUUCAACUCUUGUUUGAGAAUAUUUUUGCAUUUUGAUGAAUCAUCAUGCUUGUGAGACAAAAGUUCAUGUAUCAACACCGAAACGGUUUUCUAAGAUGUGGGAACACACAAACGUGGCAAAAAAAAAAAAAAAAAAAUCGGCAGGUGUGUUUACCGCUCUUAAAGGGCCAUAUUCUUGCGCUCUAUUCUGGCAGCGCAGAUUCAUUUCCGCAAAUGAAUGCCAGAUAUGCACUCAGGGUGAAGCAACAUUAGCAUGCAUCCGUUCCCUGACAAAUCUACAUUUUCUAGACAAAUUAAGCACUUUUCCUCUUAAGAAUUCAAGGCCUGUCAUGCUGUAAAUCCAACAGCCUGUGAAGGUGAAAAAAAAUUUCAUUGCAAGUUUGGAUUCAGUUACAACAUGCGUUGCCACACAUUGAAAGAGACUCCUAGAAGUCCAUUCAAUAUUUGUCGAGAGACUGAACCA